AUGAUUAAUCAAGUUAGAAGAUCAAGAGUCGUUAGCUUGUCCAACAACAUUAAUAAGUACCAACAAUUGGUGUUUGAUCGUGAAACAGUUCAUCGCAUGUUCACUAAUCAAAUAGGAAACAAGGUUUUACAUCAACAAGCACAGGAUGCUUCUUCUACUAAUGCUGCUGGACAAGAUAUUUCCAAGUGUCCAUAUCAUCAACAACCACAGCAACCACCACAAGUCAUUAAAUCAUUUGAUGAAAUUCCUGGACCAAAGGGUUUGCCACUUGUUGGUAAUUUGUUCCACAUCAUGAAAGGAGUCAAGAAGAACGCCUCUCCUUACUUUGCCUCAUUAUGUGAAGAGUAUGGAGAAAUUGUUAAACUUGAUGUGGUGGGAAAGAAAAUGCUAUUCUUAGGUAAUCCAACUGAUAUGGAAUAUCUUUACAAGCAUGAAGAAAGAAGAAAUGUUGUUGAUCCAUCUAGAAAGUUUAAACUUGAAAGAGGGUUACCAUUAACUCCAAUUGAAAUGUAUUUGCAUGAACCAUGGAAUGAAACACGUCAACUUUAUAAUAUUGCAAUGAAACCAGACUUCCAAACUCAAGUUACUUUGCCACAAUUAACUGAAAUUAAUGGUGAAUAUAUUAGAAGAAUUAUCAAAUAUUUGGAAGAAACUGAUAAUCCAGAAAAGUUUAGAUUAGUUGAUGGUGUCGGUGCUGUUUCAAGAUAUGGAUUUGAUGCAGUGUUGAAAGUUUUUCUAGGUGCUAAACUCACAGACGAUGUAACUAAAACUUUCCCAUUCGAUGUUGCUGAUUUCGUUAAAGUUUCCACUGAAUUCCUCGAUGAUCCCCUUAGACUCAUUUCAAAACCAUCUCUCUACAAGUAUUUCAAAACAGCCGAGUACAAGCAAAUGGAACAAGCUAUGGAAAAGUCUUUAUCUUAUGCCAAUUAUGUUAUGGAUAGAUUUAAGAAUAAUCCAAGUGAUAAGCCAAGAUUUUAUGAAACUUUAAUGGAACGUUCUAAGGACGAACCAAAUCAAAUUGCCCUCGUUCAAUCUGUAAUGAUUACGUUCUUACAAGCAGCCAUUGAUAUUACUAUGAGGUAG